AUGACGUCGUUGUCGUCGUCGUCGCAAGGGCGAGCAGCACGCCGAGAGAUGCCAGCCGCGAAUGUAUCCUUGGCCUCGGCGCGCCCGCCUCUCGGACACCUUAUGACGCUGUACCAGCGGUACGACUCGCUACGCAACUCCAUUGCCUUGCUGCGCGAACAGACGUUGCAUACACCCGGUAUUGAGGAUUGGCCGUCGAUUCAGACGCAGUAUACCAAUUUGUUGUCACACACCUUCUCCAUUGCGACGGCGCUGCAAUCGCCGAUACCUCAUUUCUUAUCCGCCCAGCUGGCGACGCUGCAUGAAUUCCUGGAAAACGAGGCGCAAGACGCCACGUUGUUUGGCGAGGAGGAGACGAAGAUGUCGUCCCUGUUUGCCGGCGGCCAAAACGAGUCAGCCCUACCACCUAUUGACGAUAAAGACGAGCGGAAUCAGCUGCCUGUGCUAGCAGUUCAUCCCUGCGAAAUGAUCCCGGACAACAAACUGAACUGGCUAGGCACGCUGCUUAGCACGGUACCUGAGCUUGAUGUGAGCAACGAAGAGCAGGCACGUGUGGCCGCCUACGAUGAGACACAUACGCACAGCGAUGAGGCUACGUUGGCAGCCGAUCUGGAGGCGCAUGAUGCGCGCAGUAUCGGUGCGCUACGCUCCUGGUACCACACACUGCUCGCGCCAGAUGCGGAUGGCGAUACGUACGACUUUGCUAUGCGCGUGGAAGCAGAGGAGUAA